UCCCACUUUUGUUGGUCCGUGAGGAAGUCGCAAGAUGGCUGACAUCGCUUGAAAGUAUGUCUCCUUCCUCAACAUGAAGUCGUGAGUGUGGAAGAAAGCGAGGGAGGCACCAUCGGCCGUUUGUUUUUAAUUAACUUUUUAAUUUUUUAUUUUAUUUCUGCCGUUAAUUUCUCCAAACAUCCAUUUCAUUUCGCGUCGUCUCUGUCCCAGAGUUGUCUUUGAGAGUUGACGCGUCAAGUCACGCCGGGGACCCAGCUCGCUACAGCGGUUAACGUUAGCCAGCGAGAUAGCUGGUUAGCUAGCUAACUAAAUCAUAUUUUUGAUAUCCCAUCGGCCUGCUAACUAGCACGUCUCAUUAAUUUGAAAUAGUCUAACUGUUCUAAUAUCAAUAUACUGUCAGAUUAAGAAUUACUCGACCGUAAUGUUCGCCAACUAAUGCGCAACGUUUCUUCGUGUGAAUCAGGAUUAUAAUUUUGGAGUAAAUCAUACCAUUACUAUAGUUAGCCACUAGCCAUCAUCAGUUAUCAACAUUUCAUGUGUUAUUACCUAGCUAGCUAGCUGGUUAGAGGGGAAGUUAAACUUUAGCCGGAGAAUUACACUAGCUGGCUUUGCUGGCAGUUGACCAAAAUACUGCUAGGGAUGGACACACAAUUGUACUCACACGACCAAAUAUAGAAGAUUGGCUUUGCACACUAACUAGUUAGCUAGCUCUCUUACUUGCUGUUAGGAAGUACACCUCUCGGCCUGGCCAACUAGCGUACUAGGCUAGUUUGCCUUUGCAGGGUUGGUCACUCGUAUCAGAGUUGAGGGUGGCAGCAGCUAGGUGCAGCAACAGUCGUUCAGUCAGUCACACAGAGAGAUACGUUAGCAAGCUGCCAGGUUCUAGCUAGUUACAGUCUCGACUCUCACAUCAGCUAUCACCACGGCGUUCCGAACGUACCCGGAGCCCCCCUCCCCUGGCCAGACCCACCGGCUCAACAACACCGGGAUGGGUGUGCAGGGCUUCCAGGAGUAUCUUGAGAAACGGUGUCCCGGGGCAGCUGUCCCCGUGGACCUCCUCAAACUAGCCCGUACACCGGGCCGCCAGCCCCCGCACCACCACCCCCAUCACCCCGGCCCUAUGCCUCCUCCACCCCCGGCCCGGAUACUCAUCGAUGCUGACUCCGGCCUGCAGCGGCUGUACGGCGGCUACCAGACGGACUGGGUGUGCGGCGGGGAGUGGAACGCCAUGCUGGGAUACCUGUCCGCUCUGUCCCAGGCCUGUCUGUACCAGGGCGGGCUUGAGCUGGUCGUGGUGUUCAACGGGACCCUGGGGAAGGAACGGUGGCCGGAGUGGGCGCGCCGGGCCCAGGGGCAACGCCAGACAGCCCAGCUCAUCGUCAAUCAUGUUGGCAGCAAGGCAACUCCGCCUCCCCGUGCUUGGUUCCUGCCCCCAGCCUGCCUCAGCCACUGUGUCCGCCUCGCCAUGUUUCGCUUCAGAGUGCGGGUUGUCCAGACGUUGGAGGACCACCACCAGGAGGUGCUGUCCCUCUACAGGGACUUUGGUUUCUGCGGCCUGAUCGCCCAGGACUCAGAGUUUGCCCUCUGCAAUGUUCCCGCCUACUUCUCCUCGCAUGCCCUCAAACUGUCCUGGAACGGCAAGAACCUGACCACCCACCAGUACCUGCUCUCUGAAGCAGCCAGACAGCUUGGUCUGAAGACACAACACCUGCCCUGCUUCACUGCACUGCUGGGGAACCAUAUUCUCCCUGAUGAGGACCUGGCUGCCUUCCACUGGAGCCUUUUAGGACCAGAACACCCCCUGGCCUCACUCAAGGUGCGUGCCCACCAGUUGGUGCUGCCUCCCUGUGAGGUGGUUAUCAAGGCGGUGUCAGAGUACGUCUCCUCCAUUAAAGACCUGGGGAACCUCGACGUUAUCGCCAGAGACGUCUUCAAACAGUCACAGUCUCGUAUGGAGGACAAGGUGCAGCGUUUUAAGAGAGCUGUGGAGUAUUUCUCAGCUGCCUCUAAACCACGCCCACUCUCCAUGGGAACCUCCCCCUACCUCUUGCCAGGGUUUGGGCUGGCUCCGUUUGGUGGACCUCCUGGCCACAUGGGGGCGAUGCAGACUGUAAAGACCCAGUACCCCCUCCAGGGUGUAAAGCCACCCUAUCAGAAUGCUCCGUACGGACCAGGCAACACCCCUCUGUUCCAGAACCCCCCACCUCCCCUGCAGGACUGCAACGAUUCACUGCCAGGUAAAAUGGCCUUCACCGAUUGGUCAGCUCCAUAUGACCAGGGAGGAAGUAGAUUACCGAAUCACCAUGCGGCCGCUCCCUCUGGGCCCUCCCCGUCUCCUUCAUCAUCUUCUGAUGGAGAUGAACCAAACGACAGCAGCAACCAUCUGCCAGACAAGUCCUCCAGAUGGGACGAUCCGUCCUGUCGAGGGGGCGGAGGGGAUGGGUCCCACGGUAACAUUCCAUCGCUGUUGUCGAUGGCGACGCGGAGUCACAUGGACAUAACCACGCCCCCUCUGCCUCAAGUCAGCGCUGAGGUGUUGAGAGUAGCGGAACACAGACACCGCAGAGGACUGAUGUAUCCAGAGAUAUACCACAUACUGACCAAGGGAGAGAUAAAGAUGGCGGUGUGUAUAGAAGAUGAUUGUAACAGUGAACUGCCUCCAGCCUCUCUGCUGUUCAGAGCAGCCAGACAGUACAGCUAUGGGGUCCUCUUCAGCCUAGCCGAAACACACCGACGCCUCGAGAGACUCGCCAUGCGCAACAGAGGACCCCUCGAAGUUCCUCCAGUGAUAGUGAAGGAGUGGUCCAGUGGGAAGUCGAAGUCGGCCCUGACCCCGGAGCUGGUUCCAGCGCUGUGCUUCAGAGAGUGGACCUGUCCUAACCUGCGGAGGCUGUGGCUUGGUAGAGCCAGUGAAGAUCGCUCCCGGAGGACCAGAGCUUUCCUAGCCUGUCUGCGCUCUGACUGUCCUGCCUUACUCAACCCUGCUCAGGUCCCACAACACCUUCUGCUCAUGUGCUGCGUGCUCAGGUAUAUGAUGCAGUGGCCAGGUGGUCGUAUUCUACAGAGACAUGAGUUAGAUGCCUUCCUGGCCCAGGCAGUCUCUAACCAGCUCUACGAACCAGACCAGCUACAGGAACUGAAGGUGGAGAAGGUAGAUGGUCGGGGAGUGCAGCUGGCGUCUCUCUUCAUGGCGGGCGUGGACACGGCUCUGUUGGUCAACGAUGUGUGUGGUCAGCCGUUACCAUGGGAACACUGCUGCCCCUGGGGCUUCUUCGACGGGAAACUCUUCCAGACCAAAUUGGCCCGCGCCGCCCGAGACCGCCAGGCUCUGCUCGACAUGUGUGAAGGACAGGAGGAGCUGGUGUCUCGUGUGGAGAAGAUGCGUCAGGCCAUCCUAGAAGGCAUCAACUUCUCACGUCCUCCUCCCCCUCCUCCUCCUCUCCCCCCCCUUCCUUCCUUCCUGCCCCCUCCCCCUUCUACCCUCUGCCUCCCCUCUACCCUCCCCGACCCAUGGGCAACAUGCCACACCACCACCCUCAACAUCCUCACCCUCAUCACCACUCACACCCAGCCCAGCAUAGACCCAGAGCCUUCCCAGGUCUGCAGUCGAUCCCCCCCCAGGGAGGGAAGUUGGAGAUAGCCGGAAUGGUGGUGGGGCAGUGGGCCGGGAACAAACCACUGCGUGGCAGAGGGGGAUUCAACAUGCAGGUGGUGUCAGUCGGGGCUGGGAGAGGAAGGGGUAAGGACAUCCCAGUGAAAGGAGGGCGAGGAGGUAAAAAGGUGACUGCCAACAGAAUAAAGACCUCACCCCCUCCCCCCUCCACCAGCCCCCCCAAGUCCUCUGAGGGUGAGGGUCUUAACUCUGGGGGUGUGGGCCAGAAGCUGAACGGCAGCCCUGCAGCCUCCGCUAUUGGCCAGCCUUUGGAUCUUCCCCCACUGGCCCAGCCAAACCCAUGUGCCUUAGCCAGCAAAGACAACCAAUCAGAGGAGGCCCCUUGUUGCCUUGACAGUUGUCCUUCAGACGGAAUGUAACGAAGGAGGAUUGACUAGGCUUUCCCAGAAUGCACCAGGGUGUUCUGAAAGUGCCGUCUGUGUUCCACUGCCUUCCCCUGUCUGUUAGCCUCGCCCACCAACACACCAACCAGGAUGUCAGAGAGGGGGAGGUGCUCUGCUCAAUCAGUGGAUUUGAUUGAGGUGUUCCGCUAGCCUUUCCCCCCCUCUCUCUGCUUCUCUGUGUGAUUGGUUCGGCAGAGCAGUAAGCCCAACCCCUUGAUUUUGUCAUGUUUUAUUUUAACGAUGAGAGGUUUUUCUCCAUGAGUCCAUUUUGUCUAAGCCCCGCCUCCGCCCCAUAAAGCCCUGCCCCCAUGGCUGUUGUAGCCCCAGCACACUGUCUCAUGUUGUAAUGAUCCCUCCCUAGUGUUAAAAUUGAUUGUGAAUUGAAAUGGGAUGAUGUGAUCUACACUCCCCUACCGAGGUCCGCACAGUUAGACUUGAACUACAGUGUUUAAUAGUAGUAGUAAUAGUGGGUUUACACACACAGUAACGUUGACACUAAACACACACUGUUGGCCAGUCUGUUAGUUCCUCGGUUUGGUAGCCAUUAGAGGUGUGUAAAGGUUUAGUUGCCCAACCCAGCCGUGUUGAGACCCCCUGACCACAGAUGUAAACUGUUGCCAUAGGGACCUCAUGGCAAGCGGCGUUCCAUGUGAGGUCAGAGAGGAAUAGAGAAAGGAGGAUGACAUGGCGUUUGCUAAAUCCCCCAAUACACCACCGAUAAUGAUCUAUUAGCAUCAACCGCGCCUCUAACCUCCCCGCCAGACCCAUCUGUAUUAGCUGCGUUGUGUUGCUAAUCACAACACUACCUGGGGCGGCAAGUAGCCUAGUGGUUAGAGCGUUGGGCCAGUCACUGAAAGGUUACUGGAUCAAAUCCCAGAGCUGACAAGGUAAAAAUCUGUCGUUCUGCCCCUGAACAAGGCAGUUAACCCACUGUUCCCUGGUAGGCCGUCAUUGUAAAUAAGAAUUUGUUCUUAACUGACUUGCCUAGUUAAAUAAAGGUUACAUUUAAAUAUAAAAUAUUACCCUGAGCGUCGGUGUGUUAGCAUAGCUUAGCCCCUUCAGUAGCAUUUGCACCGCUAAUGCGUUAGCAUGCUAACGUAGGCCAGACCCUUGAAUAACAUUAGCACUUACGUUAAUAUGCUAGCAUGCUAAUUUAGCCUAGCCCAGCCGCGUUGAGACCCCCUGACCGCAGAUGUAUGUACGCACCUUAACCUGAUGCUCCAACGUAUGGAAGCUCUUACCCCUAUAUUAUAUUACUGCAUUAUCCCCUAUGCUCUUAUUAUAUAUCCCAAUGGGAAGCACUUACUAAUGUUGCAUUCGUUGUGAUUAUUAAUGAAUUGACAGUCUGUCUGAGAGGGUUCCCCUGUGACCUAGGACAUUUCUUGUACCUCUAACUUUAGACAUUAGACACCUUUAGAGACUUCUUUUGUGCGUUAAUAUACCCCUGUUAACAAUAGCUGUUUAAAUGUGAGCAGAGUGGUCUUCAGAAGAGUCCCACUGGAUCCUCUUACAGGUUAAAACAGUCAGGACAAACAUGGUGCCUCAUCAGGUGUUAGAGGUCAGAGGUCAGCCCCUCUGACUGGCACCGCGUCUAAAUUAACCUUGGGCUGCGUCUCAAUUGGCACCCUAUUUCCUACAUCGUGCACUACUACUCCUGUUCAUCAGAAGCAGUGCAUUGUGGGGGUAGGUUGCCAUUAUAGACAAGACCCGAUGAAGUCCCAAAGCAUAGAUCCACACCAGCCCUGUCAGCUGGCUGGCCAAUCGGGACAGGCCUGGUAGCACCGCCGCCCCAACCCCGCCUGGUGAUUAGCAGUCACCACGGCGAUAGCACAGCGUUCUAAGCUCUUUAACCAACAGGAAGCACUUCCCCCAAACUACCUAGACAAUCAGCAGGGGUUUGGGGUGGGAACACUUGAAUGUUCUACCCCAAAUCUAAAGAUCCUAAAUAGUUUUAUAAUUAUGAUAGAGGACAAAAAUAAGUAUUCCCUUAAUAGGUGUGCUCUGAGAGGAAUCAGAUUAUUGACUUGUUUUAAUGUUAGUAGAUGACAGAGCAGAGAGGAAUCAGAGUAUUGACUUGUUUUAAUGACAGAGCAGAGCAGUAGGAUUGAUCUGUCUGUCUCAUGGACAUCUGUAGAAAUAACAUGGACUUAAUCAACUCAACUAAACCAGCGUAGGGACAUGGAUGCUGCCCAAAGGACUCCUAGUCCUUCUACUGCACUACUUCUGUUUAGGGCCCAUAGGGCUUUGGUCAGAAGUAGUGCACUAUAUAGGGAAUGGGGUACCAUUUGGGAGGCACCCAAUAUGAAUCCCUGGCAAGGCAACAGAGAAGGAGACCAUGUCAAUGACUUGAUGCUGUAUUUAUCUGAUGGUAGGCCUAAGUAGGUAGGCCUAAGACAAUGUUUCCCAAACUCGGACCUGGGGACUCCAUGGUUUUUCCCCCCUAGCACUACACAGCUGAUUCAAAUAAUCAAAGCUGUGUAGUGGUCAGAACCAAAAGGUGCACCCGGGAGGGGGGUUGACUGAGUUGGGGAAACGCUGGUCUAAAAUCUUAACUGUUUAACUGAAGGAAACCCUGACCAGAUGAAAUGGCACCCUAUUCCCUACAUUCUGACUGAUCCUCUUCGCUCCUGUGAAGAACCUAAGGAUUCCACAAGACUGCCUCUGCUGCUGAUCUUCAGACUUAUACUCAUAGGGUACACAGUCAUUGUUGAUAUUUAAAUCACUGAGCCCACCGUUAAGAUCCAUUACACCGAGACACAACAAACGGCCUGUUAACAUGUCAACAAACAAGUACCAAAUGAAAGCCAGCGUUUUACUGAUGGCUGGUUAUUGAUAUGACUACAGCUGAA